AUGAACUUGAUGACAAAGGGUUUCAGUGAGCUCCAGGAAUUAAGCAGCCGAAGGCAACAGACACCAGUAUGGAAACUUCCCAGCGGUAGAUCCACGCUGAGUAAAUCGGCUCAAGCAGUCAGACGCUACUAUGAGAACCAAGCUGAUAGCAAACCUGCUGGCAUCUUUGCGUCAGAGUAUGAGCCCCAGGUGGAGGAAUUACAGAGAUCUUUUCUAAUGCGCCCUGGAUGUCCUAGAUUUAGUAACAGAGCAACUUCAACAUCCCAUCUUGAAAGUACUUUAUCACACAGCCCUGAUUUGUCCUUUAAUUUGAGUACCAUCAGUCUGUCCUCCCAACUCAACUUUGAAGAGUGGAAUGCUGCCUUUCAGAACACAUAUCCAUCAGAAUCGGCCAAAGGUAAGGCUGGCCAGCUCCUACUCAGUAAAAGUUUCAGUGGUCUCUCUAAAUGGAAGAGUUUCACAGAAGGAAUCGUUCCAGCUGAACAACAAAGAGGACCUAUCGAGAGUAAAAUCCCAUGGUACAUUGAUGUAAUCCGUGAGAAGGAACGAUGCUUGUUGAUGAUGGGAGGAGAGAUUAAUCGUCUUUCAAGAUGUGAAGCGGAAUGUGCAAGGAAGGAUGAUGUAAUCUCUAUCCUUAGGGAGGAGAUGGAGAAUCUGAAGAAGCAUCUGGAGCUGCUCAGGAGGGAAAGUGUCAUCACAGAGGAGAAAAAUACAGCCUCAGAACCUGUAGCUGACGACAGCAAGACAAAGAUGCCUGGGCUAAGCAGCUCAGUGCAGGAUGGCUUAGGACAAAGUGGCACUAAAGAAGAUUUGAGAGAGGAGGUGGCAUGCUUAAAAUUAAAACUAAGCUACUCUGAUAAAAUUCUGGACUCUAAGAUUGCUAGCCUGUCUGAGUCCCUGAUGAAAGACCAGGAGGAACUAUGGCAACUGGAAAAGGAGUAUUCAGAAAUGCAGCAAAAGGGCUUGAGACAAGAGGACAUGGAAAAAGAGCUUCUCAGUGGUACAGAAAUUGAAGUGGCUUCUGAAGAGGAGGAGGAGGAGAAUGAGGCAGAGGCGGAAGAGAAAGCAUCCCUGAUCAAGCUCAGAGAAUUCCAGCAAAUGAACCAAGAACUCUGUAAAGAACUGGAGAAAGCAAAGACGGACUAUGACAUGGCCACAGGUGCCAUCACUUCCUUGCAAAGGCAGCUGGCUUUCCAGGAGUCACAGCUACGGAGAGCUGAGUCUGAAAAGGAAAUGCUACAAAAGGAGCUUCGAGAGCGGGGAAAUCAACUGCAAGCCAUGUCUGCCAAGUUUUCCAGCCUUCGAGAAGAACGGAAGCGUGAAGAAAUGAUGGGAACAAUAGAGAGAGAAAAUUACAAACUCCGACAGGACAUUGUGGAACAAGAAUCCAGUCUGGCCGAGAAAAACAAACUGAUUGAUGAUUUGCAGAGCAAGAUCAACCAGCUCCAGGCAGAGGUUAUGGUAGCCCAGCACCACAUGCAGAAGCAGCUGUGUGACCAAAGUGAGACGCAGAGCCAAGUCGAGGCCUUGAAGCACGCUGAGCAGCAGGCCAAAGUUGCACUGGAGUGCAUCAGUGCCAGGUUUGAAAGAUUUCGAAGCAAAAUAAUUCAAGCCACAUACAGCUCUGCAGGCGCCAAAUCUCCCCAAGCUGAAAUUAGCGAUGAGGAGGCACUGGAGGCUAUGCAGAGAAUAAUUAGUGAGCGGCUGGAUUUUCAUCAGAUGCUGAAACAGAAGGGUGUGAAGGUCCCGUCUCUCUUCAGCAGUGAGCCAACAAAUUUGUCCUCUCCUAAUUCUAAGACCACCAAAAAGAGUCCUGUGAAAUAG